CAUGCCUGCCAACCAAGAGCCUGCUCAUGUCAUGCCUGCCAACCAAGAGCCUGCUCACGUCAUGCCUGCCAAACAAGAGCCUGCCCACGUCAUGCCUGCCAACCAAGAGCCUGCCAACCAAGAGCCUGCACACUUCAUGCGUGCCAACCAAGAGCCUGCUCAUGUCAUGCCUGCCAACCAAGAGCCUGCUCAGCUCAUGCCUGCCAACCAAGAGCCUGCUCAAGUCAUGCCUGCCAAACAAGAACCUGCUCACGUCAUGCCUGCCAACCAAGAGCCUGCCAACCAAGAGCCUGCACACUUCAUGCGUGCCAACCAAGAGCCUGCUCAUGUCAUGCCUGCCAACCAAGAGCCUGCUCAGCUCAUGCCUGCCAACCAAGAGCCUGCUCAAGUCAUGCCUGCCAAACAAGAACCUGCUCACGUCAUGCCUGCCAAACAAGAGCCUGCCAACCAAGAACCUGCACACGUCACGCGUGCUAACCAAGAGCCUGCUCAUGUCAUGCCUGCCAACCAAGAGCCUGCUCACUUCAUGCCUGCCAACCAAGAGCCUGCACACGUCAUGCGUGCCAACCAAGAGCCUGCUCAUGUCAUGCCUGCCAACCAAGAGCCUGCCAACCAAGAGCCUGCACACGUCAUGCGUGCCAACCAAGAGCCUGCUCAUGUCAUGCCUGCCAACCAAGAGCCUGCUCACUUCAUGCCUGCCAACCAAGAGCCUGCACACGUCAUGCGUGCCAACCAAGAGCCUGCUCAUGUCAUGCCUGCCAACCAAGAGCCUGCCAACCAAGAGCCUGCACACGUCAUGCGUGCCAACCAAGAGCCUGCUCAUGUCAUGCCUGCCAACCAAGAGCCUGCUCACUUCAUGCCUGCCAACCAAGAGCCUGCACACGUCAUGCGUGCCAACCAAGAGCCUGCUCAUGUCAUGCCUGCCAACCAAGAGCCUGCCCACGUCAGCGAAUUUCAGCGAUGCCAUUUUCUUCUUGAAAUAGCUGAAUCUGCUGUGGGAACGGGACUGCCAGAAUGUGUAACACAGCACCGAAGCUUUGAUCCACACAUGGACGGCGAGUCCUGGAAACUUAUUUCAGGAUUCCGAAGGUGAAUUGGAAACGCCAGCCAAAGCCUGCAGGGAGAAACGUAGGUAUAAAACAAUAUCGACUUACAUCCUAUCGUCAUUUCAUGGAAUGGGUUUUGCAAGGCGAAAGACUGGGGAAAGGACACCGACUUGUUUUGCCUGCCUGUGUUGUUCAGGACAUCAGACGUAGAUAUCCAGCUCCUCACGGCAAUAUAGCGGCUAUAAA